AUGUUCUUCUCCUCACAGUUCACCUUCAAUUCUCUUAAUUCAAUAUCCACAGAUAUAAACAUAGCAAUCUAUAGCUCCAUAGCUGUCAACUCGAAAGGGAAGAGCUACUACGGUAACAUGGCCUCGCGGAAGGCAUCCAAUGACCCUCGGGAGGAUCUGGCAGUUCAUGUCGACCACUAUAUUGGCAUUGAUGUCGGAACUGGCAGUGCCCGUGCCUGUAUCAUCGACGACAAAGGUGAUAUUGUGGGGUUGGCCUCAGAGAAUAUCGGUCUUUGGCAACCAGAGCACGGUUUCUAUGAACAAUCUACCUCCGAUAUCUGGCGUUGCAUUUGUGUCGCUGUUCAGCGCGUUAUUAGCCAGCACAAUAUCAAUCCUGACACGGUUCGGGGUAUCGGGUUUGACGCUACCUGCUCCUUGUCGGUUUUCUCCAAUGAUACCGACGAGCCGAUCUCUGUAACGGGCCCCAAUUUCGACUCGGACCGCAACGUGAUCUUGUGGCUGGAUCAUCGCCCAGUUGAGGAAGCCGCGAAGAUCAAUGCUACCAACCACAACCUACUCCGCUAUGUGGGCGGAAAGAUGUCUAUUGAAAUGGAGAUUCCCAAGGUUCUUUGGCUCAAAAACCACAUGCCUAAGGAGCUCUUUGGCAGAUGCAAGUUCUAUGAUCUGGGAGAUGCUCUUACACACAUUGCUACGGGCAAUGAGAAGCGAAGCUUCUGCAGCGUAGUCUGCAAGCAGGGAUACGUGCCUGUUGGUGUCGAUGGGAGUGUCAAGGGAUGGCAAGAAGAUUUCUUGCAGGACAUUGGCCUGGGUGACUUGACCGAAGAUAAUUUCAAGCGUAUGGGCGGAGUUGACGGGGUGAAUGGUGAUUAUUUAAGUGCCGGUGAAUUGGUUGGCACUCUCUGCGAUAGGGCUGCAGCCGAAUUAGGCCUGCCGGCUGGUAUUGCCAUUGGCAGUAGUGUGAUCGACGCCUACGCUGGCUGGAUCGGUACCGUCGGAUCCAAAUUCGACAUGCACCCAGGCCAAUCUAGCGCAGAUGUCCCUAAACUUGAUAUAUCGGAGGCCUUCUCUCGCCUCGCAGCUGUCGCGGGAACCUCAACAUGUCACCUUGCCAUGUCACCAGACCCGGUUUUUGUUGAUGGUGUCUGGGGACCAUAUCGGGAUACCAUUCUUCCCGGAUACUGGAUGGCUGAGGGUGGCCAAUCUGCCACAGGAGAAUUGCUCAAGCAUGUAAUUGAGACUCACCCGGCAUUCAACCAGGCUAUUUCGAUUGCCGAGUCAUCCCAUGCCAACAUCUACGACUACCUGGAUAAGCAUCUCAAGGAGAUGGCACAAGCCCGAGGAGCCCCAUGUGUAUCCUAUCUUGGACGCCACUUCUUCUUCUAUGGUGACCUAUGGGGAAACAGAUCUCCCCUUGGCGAUCCUAACAUGACUGGAUCCGUCUUUGGCCUAACCAGUGAUAAAUCUGUGGAUGGCCUUGCCAUUUACUACUACGCCACCAUGGAGUUCAUUGCGCUGCAAACUAAGCAGAUUGUAGAAACAAUGAACAAGGCAGGUCACCACAUCACCUCUGUGUUCAUGUCGGGCUCACAAUGCCAGAAUGACAUCCUGGUCAACCUCAUCGCAUCUGCCUGCGAUAUGCCUGUGCUGAUUCCCGAGUACAUCCAUGCUGCGGUAUGCCACGGCGCUGCUAUGCUCGGCGCCAAGGCCGCCAGCGCUGAUUCCCAGGGCAGAACCCUUGAUCUGUGGGAUAUCAUGAAUCGGAUGAGUAAGCGUUGCAAGCAGGUGUUGCCGACAGAGGAUAAGAACGAGAAAGCCUUGCUCGGCGUGAAGUAUGAGGUCUUUCUAGAACAGUGCUGGAAACAACGAAAAUACCGUGGGAUGGUGGAUGACGCCGUGGGGGCCUGGAAGUCCAAGUCCACCUAA